AUGGGGAAACCAGAGGAAGGUGGAGUGGAUUUACAAGGCCACCAGUUGGAUAUGCAAAUCCUGCCCGACGGCCCAAACAGUGACGUGGACUUUUCAGAGAUUCUUAAUGCAAUACAAGAAAUGGCCAAGGAUGUCAAUAUUCUUUUUGAUGAAUUAGAGGCUGUCAACAGCCCUUGCAAAGAUGACGAUUCCCUCCUACACCCUGGAAACCUGACCAGUACUUCAGAGGAUGCCAGCAGACUAGAAGCAGGGGGAGAGACAGUGCGGGAACGAAACAAAUCAAACGGACUUUACUUUAGAGACGGAAAAUGUCGAAUUGACUACAUUCUUGUGUACAGAAAAUCCAACCCUCAGACUGAAAAGAGAGAAGUAUUUGAAAGGAAUAUUAGAGCAGAAGGAUUACAAAUGGAGAAAGAGUCCUCUCUAAUAAAUAGUGACAUUAUCUUUGUGAAGUUGCAUGCCCCAUGGGAAGUCCUUGGAAGAUAUGCAGAACAAAUGAAUGUAAGGAUGCCUUUCAGGAGAAAAAUCUAUUACCUGCCCCGCCGGUACAAGUUCAUGAGCAGGAUCGAUAAACAAAUAAGCAGGUUCCGGAGAUGGUUACCUAAGAAGCCAAUGAGGCUGGACAAGGAGACACUGCCAGACCUGGAGGAGAAUGACUGCUACACUGCCCCUUUCAGCCAGCAAAGGAUCCAUCACUUCAUCAUACACAACAAAGACACUUUCUUCAACAAUGCCACAAGAAGCAGAAUCGUGCAUCAUAUUUUACAAAGAAUAAAGUAUGAAGAAGGCAAAAACAAAAUCGGUCUGAACCGCUUGCUUACCAAUGGCUCCUAUGAAGCUGCCUUUCCCCUGCAUGAGGGAAGUUACAGAAGUAAAAACUCCAUUAAAACCCAUGGCGCAGUGAACCACCGACAUCUCCUCUAUGAGUGCUGGGCUUCCUGGGGUGUGUGGUAUAAAUACCAGCCUUUGGAUCUUGUAAGGCGGUAUUUUGGCGAGAAGAUUGGCCUGUAUUUUGCCUGGCUAGGCUGGUACACAGGCAUGCUCUUCCCAGCAGCCUUCAUUGGGUUGUUCGUCUUCUUGUAUGGAGUCACCACUCUGGACCACUGCCAAGUCAGUAAAGAAGUCUGCCAAGCGACAGAUAUCAUCAUGUGUCCAGUGUGUGACAAAUACUGUCCAUUCAUGAGGCUGUCUGACAGCUGUGUUUAUGCCAAGGUGACCCACCUUUUUGACAAUGGAGCCACUGUGUUCUUUGCUGUGUUCAUGGCUGUCUGGGCCACCGUUUUCCUGGAAUUUUGGAAGAGACGCCGAGCAGUGAUUGCUUACGACUGGGAUCUGAUAGACUGGGAGGAGGAGGAGGAAGAAAUACGCCCCCAAUUUGAAGCCAAGUAUUCCAAGAAAGAACGGAUGAAUCCCAUUUCGGGAAAGCCGGAACCUUACCAAGCAUUUACUGACAAAUGCAGCAGACUUAUCGUUUCUGCAUCAGGAAUAUUCUUCAUGAUCUGCGUGGUGAUCGCUGCUGUGUUUGGGAUUGUCAUUUACCGGGUGGUGACUGUUAGCACUUUCGCAGCCUUUAAGUGGGCGUUGAUCAGGAAUAACUCUCAGGUUGCAACCACAGGGACCGCAGUGUGCAUCAACUUCUGUAUCAUUAUGCUGUUGAACGUGCUCUAUGAAAAAGUCGCGCUCCUUCUGACCAAUCUAGAACAGCCUCGCACAGAAUCCGAGUGGGAGAACAGCUUUACCCUGAAAAUGUUUCUUUUUCAGUUCGUCAAUCUGAACAGCUCCACGUUUUACAUCGCGUUCUUCCUCGGAAGAUUCACAGGACACCCAGGUGCCUACUUGAGAUUGAUAAACAGGUGGAGGCUAGAAGAGUGCCACCCCAGUGGAUGCCUUAUUGAUCUCUGCAUGCAGAUGGGUAUUAUAAUGGUGCUAAAGCAGACAUGGAAUAAUUUCAUGGAGCUUGGCUACCCGUUAAUCCAGAAUUGGUGGACCAGAAGAAAAGUUCGACAAGAACAUGGGACUGAAAGAAAAAUAAAUUUCCCACAAUGGGAAAAGGAUUACAACCUUCAGCCCAUGAAUGCCUAUGGACUCUUCGAUGAAUACCUGGAAAUGAUCCUUCAGUUCGGAUUCACAACUAUCUUUGUGGCAGCCUUUCCCCUAGCACCACUUCUGGCCUUACUGAAUAACAUCAUCGAAAUCCGACUUGAUGCUUAUAAGUUUGUUACACAGUGGAGAAGGCCUUUGGCUUCGAGGGCCAAAGACAUAGGAAUUUGGUAUGGAAUUCUCGAAGGCAUUGGAAUUCUCUCUGUUAUUACGAAUGCAUUUGUCAUAGCAAUAACAUCUGACUUUAUCCCUCGCUUGGUAUAUGCUUAUAAAUAUGGACCUUGUGCGGGCCAAGGAGAAGCUGGGCAAAAGUGCAUGGUUGGCUAUGUGAAUGCCAGCUUGUCUGUCUUCCGAAUUUCUGACUUUGAGAACCGGUCUGAACCAGAAUCAGAUGGCAGUGAGUUCUCAGGAACUCCUCUGAAGUACUGCAGAUAUCGGGACUACCGGGACCCUCCUCAUUCACUGGCACCCUAUGGCUACACACUACAGUUCUGGCAUGUCCUAGCAGCCCGGCUGGCUUUUAUCAUUGUGUUUGAGCACCUCGUGUUUUGUAUAAAGCACCUCAUUUCCUAUCUGAUACCAGACCUCCCAAAAGAUCUAAGGGAUCGAAUGAGGAGAGAGAAGUACCUGAUCCAGGAGAUGAUGUAUGAGGCUGAGCUGGAGCGACUCCAGAAAGAGCGGAAGGAGAGGAAGAAGAAUGGAAAAGCUCACCACAACGAGUGGCCAUGA